AUGUUUACAGUUGUUAGAUCGUUGGCGAUCCGUGGUGCACGGUUUUCGCACACUGCCUCUGUUACUGCUCCUCAACCACGAGGCAACAUCAAAGAAGCUGGCGAUUUCCUGAAAGCGAUCGGACGUGGCUGCGACGAAUUUGCUGGCAAAUUUGAGAGCUGGGAAAGCCUGUUUACCGCAGACAGCCGUACCAUGAGAAACGACUUUGGUAUACCCACUAAACAGCGAAAAUACAUCCUCUCAUGGCGCGAGCUCUACAAGCAAGGAAAAGAGCCUUAUGCUAUUUCGUUGCCUAGUCCUAAAAAGAAAUAA